CGGCGUAAGUCUAGCUCGAGAAACGGGUAGAUCUGUAAUCGGGUAUAAUCCAGUUAUUAAGAUUUCAAUCUUGGUCAGUUGUGGCGAGUGUUGCCUUGACACGAUCACCGAACCCAAGCAUUGGCUCACUGUUUCAGGAUUUUGCAACGUGCAGGGCCGACAACUCUUGAUUUACUAACGCAAAACGUCCAUGGCUCAGACUGAUUCAGCAUCUCGACCCUGCAGCAGACAGCCGUGGGGGACGAUCAUAAAACCAGAUUUCGGUCUGGGACACCAAAAGCUGGAUGACUACCAAGUCAGUCAGAUGGUAGAGAGGCUGUCUCAAGUUCCAGAGGCGAAAAAAGCCUCAUGGGACAGGCCAAACAAAGAUAUGACACAGGAGGAAAUAAAUGAGAUGUUGGAACGCCUCACAAAAGUGGACAAGAAGAUAACAGACAGCGACCGUCGUGUCACUCACUCACAAUACCGCAAUAUGGGCGUGGUCGGUUCAUACGCCUGGAAAGGAUUUUAAAAGUUGCAUUAUCAACAAUAAUAAAUAUGCCUUGUCUCACUCUCUCUUCAACCUAUUACUCGAGAGAUUCUUAAAAUUUUCAUAGAUGGAUAAAUUAUGUAAUGUACAUGUAAAUGUAUGUACUCCUGACAUGUAUUAAAGGUUGUUAACUUUCCUGGUGUUUUAGCUAAGAUAUGAUCAGAAGAAAAUUAUUUUCUGAUGACAAGAAACAUUCCCAAGUGAAAUUUUUAUGUACAAAGUACUGUAUAAACGACAUGAUAGCAACUCAUUCAUACAAACUUAGCCAAAUUACUCCAGGAACCAGGAAAUUGUUUUUUAAGAGGCUGAAAGACGUUUAUACACAUAAUUUAUGUUACCGUUCAAGAUUCAUUUGUAUGCAUGUGAUAUAAUUAUUCAUGAAGGUUGGACUAUGCAGUUUUAUGUGGUAAUGGUAGAAUUGUGACAAAGAUAAAUGUUAAGUUAAAUAAAAAUUUAGAAUUUAA